AUAACAAAAAAUGGCGGAUAACUCGGCGGAUUAGGAGUAAAUUACAUCUUGAUUUAAAAUGGAUGAAGACGAUGAAAGGACUGAGGUUGAUGGCCAGCUGACAAUUGAAAGUGUAAAGUUAAUCUCUGAAUCCAUGGGCAUAUCUAAUCUCAAUGAGGAGGCGAUAAAUCUGCUCAUUGAUGAUGGGACAUAUCGAUUGAAACAACUCGCUCAGGAGUCUGCUAAAUUUAUGCAACACUCAAAACGCAGGAAACUCGUCACUGGAGAUAUCGACAAUGCACUGCACGUGCAGAAUAUUGAGCCUCUUUAUGGCUUUGGCUCCAAAGAAUUCAUUCCAUUCCGUUUUGCCAGUGGUGGAGGAAGAGAACUGUAUUAUUAUAAGGAUCCUGAAAUUGACUUAAAUGAAAUUGUGAGCUCACAGUUGCCGCGUAUUCCAGUGGAUGUAACCAUUAAAGCUCACUGGUUAAGUAUUGAUGGCCUCCAGCCUGCUAUUCCUGAAAAUCCCCCUCCAGUGCCUGUACAAGUUCAGGCAAAGGACAAUAGGGCUGUGUUAGCUGCAGCGUUACCCAAAGUAACUAAAACAAUCAAACCACAGGCACCAAAGGUGGCUGGAAAGGGAGCCAAACAAAGUGUUGGGAAAAAGAAUAACCAAAAUCUUAAUAAAGAGGCGGAAUCUGGAGACAAAAAUGAUAAGACAAAACCCCAAGUCACUCAUGAAUUAUCCAUGGAACAACAGUUAUAUUACAAGGAGAUCACAGAGGCUUGUGUGGGAUCCUGUGAAUCUAGAAGAGCAGAAGCUCUACAAAGUUUAUCAACAGACCCAGGUCUCUAUCAAAUGUUACCAAGAUUCAGUACAUUCAUCUCUGAGGGGGUGAGAGUAAAUGUGGCACAAAAUAACUUAGUGUUAUUGAUCUAUCUGAUGCGUAUGGUGAAAGCUUUGUUGGAUAAUCCAACACUUUAUGUUGAGAAAUAUCUGCAUGAGUUAAUUCCAGCAGUAAUGACUUGUAUUGUGAGUAAACAACUUAGUACUAAUCCAGAAACUGACAAUCAUUGGGCACUUAGAGACUUUGGAUCAAGAGUUGUUGCACAAGUCUGCAGGUCUUUUAAUUCCACUACAAAUAAUGUUCAAUCAAGGGUUACCAAAACUUACUGCAAGGCAUUACACCAAGAAAAAGCUUCAUUAUCAACUCAUUAUGGUGCUAUAACUGGGCUUGCAGAGCUGGGACAGGAGGUGGUUAAGGUCUUUGUUGUUCCAAGACUCAAGAUUGAAAGUGCUUUGAUUAAAAAAGCUCAAGAAGGAAUCGACCCUGUGGAGAAGAAUGCUGCAGAAAACCUCAAGAAUCUACUGCUGAAACACUGUCCUGCUUUGUUACUGAGAACUCGUCAUCCACCAGACUUGGCUGAUCAAUAUGAAAAAGAGUUUGGUAGUAUUGGACCUCUUCUUUGCACCAAAGUGUCACAGCUGCGGCAGAACAUGAGCGCCAUGAAGAAACCCUCCACAUUAACUGUGCGCACAGUAACUGGUGUCUUGACCACUGGGAUUACAACUCCCACUACACCCUCUACACCUGGGGCAAGUCCAGUUAAAUUACUUACCCCAACUUCUGGUGGGACUUUCACAAUCUCUUUACAACCUGGUUUGAAAGUUGGUCUACCUACCACCCCUAGGGAUUCUAACCCCACCACUCCCACAUCAGCAGGGACUGUAACACUACCAGGGUUACUACCAACAGGAUUGACGAGCACAGGGCUACCAAAGCCAACUACCCCCACUAGUAACACACCCACACCUGGUGGCCCUGUGACAUAACACUUAGCUACAACUCGCCUUUUUAAAAUGUACUUAUUUAAUAAGUAACUGUACAAAAUGAUGUCAUCCAAAAAAACAAAACCCUGUCAAGGUUGCAGGUAUAUUGUAGUUAGUUCAAAGUAUUUUAGCCCUGUAUUUCAAUCACUAGAAGUGCAUAUCAUGUAAUCUUUUGUAAUAAAUAGUUAAGAAU